UUGCCGUGGAUCCGAUGGAAUCCAUUGGGUGUAAUAUCCGAGGAGUCGUUCAAUAGAUUGAAGGAAUCUAUUAUUUUAUUAACCUUACGUAUUGCGACGCCAUUUGCAAUCGCAAUUACAAUCACGGCACCCUUCAGGAGCCGGGCUGGAGCCGGCGACUUUCACCCUUAUCACCACAAUGUAGAGUCCAAAUCAGGUCCCGCUGACCGCAAUCAACAUAUGAAAGAAACCGCGGCCAGCGCCCCCGGCUGA